AUGUCAGGUACAAGGGUCCUCUUGUUCGGGCCUAACUUGCUUUCUUUCAAUCUUGAACAGUACACGCACCUACGAUCAACAAUACAGGGUAACGCCCAGUAUGGCCAGGUCAUCGUGAAGACUAUCGCUGAGCUACCGAGAUGGUGGCAGAGCAUCUCCCGCGCCUUCCCUCACCUGCAGGCUUUGCCAGGCGCUGAGUUGCUUCGUGCCUGGCAUGAAGAUCUGACCACCAGCAAACCACCGCAGUUGCCCUUCCCCCUCCCCACUACCAUUCUAGCACCGAUGGUGGUCGUGACCCAGCUAGUGCAGUAUCUUGAGUAUCGGGAUAAUAAUACACAGCUAGCCUCACGCCCAGCAGCAAAGACGGAAGAAACAUUGGGCUUUUGCACCGGUCUCUUGACCGCGUUUGCGGUGGCCAGCUCAGCAACACCAGAACAAUUCGAGAAAUACGCAGGGGUGGCGAUCCGACUGGCGAUGCUCAUUGGUGGUAUAGUUGGUGCCCUUGAGGCCCCCGAUAGCCUUGGGGAAUCUGUAUCUUAUUCCAUCCUCUGGAACAACCCCCAAACAUCCCAGAAAAUUGACGAACUGUUGCUGGAGUAUCCUCAGAGUACCCAUAUUUCGGUCCUAUCCGACGAGAAAAGAGCGACUCUCAUUACCUCACGAAACUGCGCUGCGGGAUUGGUACAGAAGCUGAAGAGUAUCGAUGUCGCCGUGACCGAUCUCGGGCUGCGUGGGCGGUUCCACAGUCGUGACCACCAUGCCACUCAUGUCGAUGCUGCCCAUUGCUUCUGUGACUCCAACCCAGCCUUCCAGUUUCCAGACGCCUCGCAGCUCGUGUUACUCACCCGGUCGAAUACUGAUCCGGGGUACAUUACCCAGGGAAGGCUACAUCACAUCGCCCUCGAGUCGAUCCUGCUGCAUCAGUGUCGUUGGUAUCAGGCUGUGUCGAGCCUGAAUUCAGAUUUGGCCGGCUCUGAUUUUGAGAUCAUAUCCUUAAGCUGGGAACGCUGCCUGCCGCCGUCCUUGGUUUCAAAAUUAGGAUCGCGAGUAGUCCACCUCGCCGAUCUCCAAUCGUCGAAGCAUCGUCGCCGUCAUUCAGAGACUCGAGAAGUCUCUGAUUCGGAUAUUGCGGUGAUCGGGAUGGCCUGUAAGCUUCCUGGAGCAAAUGACUUGGAGGAAUUCUGGAGCCUGCUAUGCGAGGGAGAUUCACAGCAUCAAGAAGUACCCGAGGAGCGAAUGACAUUCGAAACCAGUUAUCGGGAGGCAGAUCCCAAGCGAAAAUGGUACGGGAAUUUCAUUCAAGACUAUGAUAGCUUCGAUCAUAAGUUCUUCAAGAAGAGUCCCCGGGAAGCCGCAGCCAUGGACCCGCAGCAGCGAUUGAUGCUGCAGACCGCAUACCAGGCAGUGGCCCACUCAGGAUACUUCUCCGGUCACCCUAAUCCUGAGGUGGGAUGUUACAUCGGUGUGAGCAAUGUCGAUUAUGAGAAUAACGUGGCAUGUCACCCCGCAAAUGCCUAUUCCGCCACUGGGGCUCUGAAAAGCUUCGUGGCUGGGAAGGUCAGCCAUUACUUUGGGUGGACAGGCCCCUCCCUCACCAUCGAUACUGCCUGUUCUGCAGCCGCGGUAGCCCUGCAUCAUGCAUGUCAAGCCAUCCUGGUGGGCGACUGCACGGAAGCGCUGGCGGGAGGGGUCAAUAUUUUGGGAGGUCCCAUUUGGUACCAGAAUCUUGCUGGCGCAUCAUUCCUCAGUCCCACGGGACCCUGUAAGCCUUUUGAUUCCAAAGCAGAUGGAUAUUGCCGAGGAGAAGGCUGCGGCGCAGUUUAUCUGAAGAAGGCACAGGCUGCCAUCGCUGAUGGAGAUCAUAUCUAUGGUAUCAUCGCCGCUACAGCAGUGCAACAGAAUGAGAAUUGCACACCCAUCACUGUCCCCAAUGAUAAAUCUCUCUCGGACCUCUUUGUCAAUGUGCUCAGCAAGGCGGAUGUUGCACCCUCACAAGUCUCGGUGGUGGAGGCUCACGGGACAGGUACUGUGGUCGGAGAUCCCGCCGAAUAUGAAAGCAUUCGUCGCGUUCUAGGAGGCUCAGCGCGCUCAGAUACGGGCCCCUUGGCGCUGACAUCAGUCAAGAGCCUAGUUGGGCACCUCGAAUGCGCGUCUGGGAUCGUAGCCCUGUUGAAGAUCUUGUUGAUGUUGCACAAGACCUCGAUCCCUCCCCAGGUCGGCUUUGAGACGAUGAAUCCGGCGAUCAAAGCCACGCCUGCCGACAAGAUGGAGAUUUCCACCACUAUCAAGCCGUGGCAAGCGGAGUUCCGAGCUGCUCUGAUCAAUAAUUAUGGUGCCUCUGGGUCGAACGCAUCCUUGGUGGUGAUGGAGGUGCCACGGUCUCUAUCACCAGCGUCAAAAGGCCAUGCCCCUUCAAUGAACCCGCUCAAAUCUCAUCCUUUCUGGCUCUCCGCUUUGGAUGAACCCAGCCUCCAGGCAUAUUGUACCGCGUUGCUGUCCUAUGUAGGCUCAGUUCCCUGCUCGGUGUCUUUAGCCGACCUGUCUUUCAAUGUGGCCGUUCAAUCCAAUCGAUCCCUGCCCCAGAACCUUAUCUUCAGCUGUGAGACUAUGCAAGAUCUCGAACAGAAGUUGAGAAGUUUCCAAAGCGGCCAUAGCUUUUCCACAGCCCGGAGACCCGAAAGACCUGUCAUUCUUUGCUUUGGUGGACAGGUUUCCACCUCUGUCGGGCUUAAUCCGGGUCUUUUUGAGAAUGUGGGCAUCUUACGACUUCAUUUGGAUGAAUGCCACGCUGUCUGCCAGUCUUUGGGACUCGAUGGGAUAUACCCUGAGAUUUUCCAAAAAUCGCCCAUUCUGGAUACGGUCAAGCUUCAGUUAGCCCUAUUUGCCCUGCAGUAUUCCUGUGCCCGGGCAUGGAUUGAAUGCAACGUACAGGUCGCCGCAGUAGUUGGCCACAGCUUCGGUGAGCUUACCUCGCUUUGCAUUGCAGGUGUACUCUCGCUGCAUGACGCGGUACGGCUCAUUGCUGGCAGGGCCCAGCUGGUCCGGGACUCAUGGGGCGAGGAAAAAGGAGCCAUGAUUGCCGUGGAGGCCGACCGAUCCCAGGUAGACAGUCUUCUUGACCAGUGCAAUCAGGCUGAAGGACUUGACCUUGCCUCCAUUGCCUGCGUGAACGGGCCGAGAAGUUUCACUCUGGCUGGCCCGGCCAAGUUCAUGGAUAGAAUCCAGGCCCUGCAGAGUGAACCUCGCUUCGCAUCAAUCCGUAUGAAAAGGCUGAACGUCAGCAAUGCCUUCCAUUCUACGCUCGUGGAUCCUCUCAUGGCGGACUUGGAGAAAGUGGGCGAGAGCCUUGUUUUCCACCCACCGACAAUCCACGUGGAGAGCGCCACCGAGUUCAAGUCCGCAGCACCAUCGAGUGCGAUCUAUGUGGCGGAGCAUAUGAGAUACCCCGUCUACUUCAACAAUGCUGUCCAACGGCUUGCAAAGCAGUAUCCGUCAGCGAUAUGGCUGGAGGCGGGAUCCAACUCCAGCAUCACCGGCAUGGCUGCGCGUGCCCUGGGUGAUCCCUCGUCCUCUCACUUCCAAGCAGUGAAUCUGGUCGGUGAAUCUUCAUUAUUUGUGGACAUGUUCACAGCCCUGUGGUCUCAAGGCUUGGAUGUCAAUUUCUGGCCGCAUAAUCGCCAGCAGGGUACGGCUUACAGUCCGUUGUUAUUGCCCCCUUAUCAAUUCGAGAAGUUCAAUCACUUGUUGGAGAUGAAAGCUCCGCACAAGCUACCGGCAGAUGCUCUUUCGAAACCAGCACCCCGUGAAGACAGCCUCUGGAGCUUCCUCGGGUAUCAGGAUUCCCAGCAACGGAAAGCCCGGUUCUUGAUUCACACCGAGACCAAACGUUUCGAGGAAUAUAUCAAGGGUCAUACUGUGGCCCACUCCGCCCCGUUGUGCCCCAGCACGCUGCAGCUGGAGUUGGCUAUUGAAACGAUUCAAAGCUUACACCCCGAGUUCGCAGGACAGGACCUUCAACCCCAGCUUCAGGGACUGGAUAAUCACAACCCGGUCUGCGUGGACCCGACGCGAACAUUGUGGCUAGAUGUAGAGGCGCAGGGUCCUGAGCAUCAUCUGUGGAAGUGGGAAAUGAUCAGCCAACUGACGAGCAACAACAAGAACAACAACGCUACCACCAGUCUGCACGUGUCAGGCAACAUUCUGUUUCGCUCGACGGAAGAUUCGAAGUUCCUGAUAGACUUUGGACGCUUCGAGCGCCUUGUGGACCACCAGCAGUGCUUCAGCCUUCUUGGCAGUGAUGAUGCCGACGAUAUCAUUCAGGGUCGCCAGAUUUAUAAGUCUUUUGCAGAGGUUGUCGACUACAGCAGCAUGUACCAGGGAGUCCGCAAGGUUGUUGGCAAGGGCAAUCGGUCGGCCGGUCGCGUGGUGAAGCAGUAUACAGGAGACACCUGGCUGGAUUGUCCCCUAUGCGAUUCAUUCUGUCAGGUUGCUGGCAUUUUCGUCAACUGUAUGAGUGAUGUUCCCAGCCAGGAGGUUUUUAUCUCCAACCGGAUCGAGCAAUUGAUCCGUUCUCCUCGGCACCCCGUGAUGGCAACGCCCCCCGACUCGUAUGAUGUGCUCGCAAUUCAUAGCCGCCCGUCGGAUAAGAUCUUCCUGAGCGAUGUCUUUGUCUUUGAUCCUCGUAACGGUGAGCUUCUGGGGGUUAUCUUGGGCAUUCAAUACCAGAAGGUCAAUAAGGUCGCUCUCGGGAAGCUUAUGAAUAGGCUCACCCCCGGUAUGGCAGGUGCAGAGCCCACUUCUAUUGCUCCAGUCGCAAAAUCCCCCUAUGCCGCUGCGCCUUCGACUUCCGGAAUAGCUGCCGCUACUCCAGAAAAGAAAGCAUCUUCACCUGAUGAUGUGUAUGGGAGAGUCGUUGAGCUUCUGGCGAACGUCUCCGGCGCUGAUCCUGCCGAAAUCCAUGAGCGCACAUGCUUGGCGGAUAUCGGCAUUGAUUCCCUCAUGGGAAUGGAACUGGCGCGAGAUAUCGUAGAAGUCUUUGGUUGUACUCUGGAUCCCAUACAGCUGAUGGAGCUGACCGAUUGCGCGAGCCUGGUAAGAUGCAUCAACACUUCGCGAGGAAUCGUGGACGACGGAAGCUCGACGAGCGAGGACAAGAGUGAUAGCCAGAAUGGAAUGGACGUGACGCCAGCCACAUCGUCUGAGGGAGAAGAGGAUGAACCUCGAGUUGCGGUCACAGAGAGUCAAGCUAUCAAUGUCUCGAUGGAUGUCGAUCCCAAGAAUUCCCAAAGGGCGGUUGACGAAUAUGUUCGUACAUAUACACAGGGAUUCGUGGCGCCUGUUCAUCUCGCGACAUCAGAGACUUUGGUCGCAGCACAGCAGUCCGUUGUCCUCGUUACCGGUGGCACCGGUAGCCUGGGCUCACACAUGGUGGCACACCUGGCAUCCCAGCCUGGAGUUCAGGCAGUCGUUUGUCUGAACCGCCACAACGUUAGUGACCCGGAGCUACGUCAGAAGCAGGCACUCGAGUCGCGCGGUAUCUCUCUGAAUGCAAAGGACUAUGCAAAACUCAAGGUGUUUGAAUCAGAUACCUGCAAACCAAUUCUGGGGCUUCCCAGCGACUUGUAUCAGGAGUUAGCGCGCACCGUGACUCACAUUGUCCACAACGCGUGGCCGAUGACCAUCAACCGACCGGUGAAAGGGUUUGAGCCCCAGUUCCAGACAAUGCGAAACUUGAUCGACUUUGCGAGGACGGCCGCAGGCAUCAGACCGCGGGGCUUCAAGCUUGCAUUCCAGUUCGUUUCCUCCAUUGCAACAGUCGGACUCUAUCCACAGUGGAGUGGCAGGACCUUGAUCCCCGAGGAACGUAUGACAGUUGACUCGACGUUGCCCUCUGGAUACGGCCUGGCCAAGCUCGUCUGUGAGGGCAUGUUAGAGGCGACGCUGCAACAAUACCCGGAUACCUUCAAUGCCAUGGUUGUUCGUAUUGGCCAGAUCGCGGGAUCAAGUCUGUCUGGAUAUUGGAAUCCUGUCGAACACUUGGCAUUUUUAUUCAAGUCGGCUCAGACAUUGAAUGCUUUCCCUGGUUUCCAAGGAGAAUUGUCAUGGUGCCCCGUGAAUGACGUCGCCACCGUUCUCGGGCAAGUCCUGCUGCAACCAGGCCCUGCCUAUCCCAUAUACCAUGUCGAGAACCCCACUCGACAAUCCUGGCCGGAGAUGUCCUCCAUACUCACGCAAGAGCUGGGCAUCCCGUCUGACAACAUCGUCCCAUUCGACCAGUGGCUCAAUCGCAUGCACCAGUGGUCCGAUCUCACCGAGAACCCCGCUCUACGAAUUGAGGCGUUUUUGGACGAUCAUUUCAUUCGAAUGGCUUGUGGUGGAUUGAUCCUCGAUACCAAAAGGGCACGGGAGCAUUCCACCCACCUACAGAAGAUGCGUGCGAUCAGCACGGACAAUGUGAGGAAAUAUGUCCAGCAGUGGCGCGAAAUGGGAUUCCUCAAGUAA